CCUCCCGGGUUGAGGUGGGUCAAAGGUCAGGAGGCGGAGGUACGCCCAAGAUGGCGGCCUCCAUGAGCGACGUGUUCUCCUUCUGCGUGGGCGUGGCGGGCCGGGCCCGGGUCGCCGUGGAAGUCCGCUUCGUGAGCAGUGCCAAGGGAAAGGGGCUGUUUGCCACACAGCUGAUCCGGAAGGGGGAGACCAUAUUCGUAGAACGGCCCCUGGUGGCUGCGCAGUUUCUCUGGAAUGCACUUUAUCGCUAUCGAGCCUGUGACCACUGCCUUCGGGCACUGGAGAAGGCAGAGGAGAACGCCCAGAGGCUGACCGGGAAACCAGGCCAGGUUCUGCCUCACCCCGAGCUGUGCUCUGUGCGCAAGGACCUCCACCAGAACUGUCCCCACUGCCAGGUGAUGUACUGCAGUGCAGAAUGUCAGCUGGCCGCUGCUGAGCAGUACCAUCAGGUCCUGUGCCCAGGCCCCUCGCAGGAUGACCCCCUGCAUCCCCUCAAUAAGCUGCAGGAGGCAUGGAGGAGUGUUCACUACCCCCCUGAGACUGCAAGCAUCAUGUUGAUGGCCCGGAUGGUGGCCACGGUGAAACAGGCUAAGGAUAAGGAUCGCUGGAUCAGGCUCUUCUCCCAGUUCUGUAAUAAAACGGCCAACGAGGAGGAGGAAAUUGUCCAUAAACUCCUGGGGGACAAAUUCAAGGGCCAGCUGGAGCUCCUGCGGAGACUCUUCACAGAGGCGCUUUAUGAGGAAGCACUCAGCCAGUGGUUCACUCCCGAUGGAUUCCGGUCUCUCUUUGCUCUUGUUGGGACCAAUGGCCAAGGAAUUGGGACCAGCUCCCUGAGCCAGUGGGUCCAUGCCUGUGACGCUUUGGAGCUGAAGCCGCAGGACCGUGAGCAGCUGGACGCCUUCAUUGACCAGCUGUACAAGGACAUCGAGGCAGCAACUGGCGAGUUUCUUAACUGCGAAGGAUCUGGCCUCUUUGUGCUUCAGAGCUGCUGCAACCACAGCUGUGUCCCCAAUGCAGAGACCUCCUUCCCAGAAAACAACUUCCUUUUGCAUGUCACCGCCCUGGAGGAUAUUAAGCCAGGAGAGGAAAUCUGCAUCAGUUACCUAGACUGCUGUCAGCGGGAGCGCAGCCGCCACAGCCGCCACAAGAUCCUCAGGGAGAACUAUCUGUUUGUCUGUUCCUGCCCCAAAUGCCUGGCAGAGGCUGAUGAACCCAACGUGACAUCUGAAGAGGAGGAGGACGAAGAGGAGGAGGAAGGAGAGCCGGAAGAUGCGGAGCUGGGGGAUGAGAUGACUGACGUAUGAUGUGGCCCUUCCUGGAAGGGGUCCUACCCAAGACCGUCGGAAAGGGGGGCCUUCCCCCAGAGCAGAGGCUUGGAAGGAACUCCCCACUCCCGUUGCCUGCUUUCCCCCCAUUCCAGCUCUGUUUCUGCCAGAGGGUAGGACAGGCAGGACCCUAGGCCCUCCACGCCCCGCCGGACCUCAC